UUUGACGUCUAUUUCCGGGAUAAGGAUACAACGCAGACAUGAAAACGUGUAUUUUGGACUGCACCUUCAGAUGUAGAUAGUAGAACGUUCCAGAAACAGCGGGCGGCAUAUGCAAACGAACAGUUUGUUUAUCAAAAACCUCUUGAAGAGAAAUAAUGUCAGUCAUAGCAGAGGAAAAUGUCCGUGGCAUUGGCGGUAGUGUUUUCAAGGAGAUCAGUGCUGAUAAUGACGAAGACAAUCAACCCACCGAAAUUGAGAGUCUGUGCAUGAAUUGUUACCAAAAUGGAAUGACACGUAUUCUUCUUACGAAGAUUCCUUUCUUUAAAGAAGUUAUCAUCAGUUCUUUCACCUGUCCCAACUGCAGCUGGUCGAACACUGAAAUCCAAUCAGCUGGUCGCAUACAGGAUCAAGGCAUCGCCUACACACUCAAAGUCAAGUCAAAACAGGAUAUGAAUCGAGAAGUUGUCAAAGCAGACAGUGCAACCACCAGAAUCCCAGAACUGGAUUUUGAAAUCCCCCCAUACACUCAGAAGGGCUCACUCUCUACCAUCGAAGGCCUCAUAGACCGUGCAGUUGCAGGGUUGGAGCAAGACCAACAACUAAGAAAUGCAACUGCACCAGAAGUUGCUGUAAAGAUUGAUGAGUUCAUUGAUAAAUUGAAGAAGUUGAAAGAAGGUGUAUUCACACUGGUCAUUGAUGAUCCAUCUGGGAACAGUUUUGUGGAGAACCCCUUUGCUCCGCAGAAAGAUGAGGCUCUCUCGGUCAGCCACUACAAGAGAACACCCCAACAGGACGCCCAGUUAGGAAUAAAGGCUGAAGACGAGGAGGAAAAGCCCAGUAAUGACAUUGACUGUAUGAGAAAUGAGGUGUUGACGUUUAAUACAAACUGUCCAGAGUGCAAUGCCCCAGCCUCGACAAACAUGAAGCUUGUCCAAAUACCCCAUUUCAAAGAAGUCAUUAUCAUGGCAACAAACUGUGAUGACUGUGGACAUCGAACCAACGAAGUGAAAUCUGGUGGAGCCACAGAAGAGCUGGGCACCAAGAUAACUCUUCACCUCACUGACGUGUCUGACAUGUCCAGAGAUCUUCUCAAGUCGGAGACAUGUAGCAUCCUCAUACCUGAGCUGGAGUUUGAGUUGGGGAUGGCAGCUGUCGGUGGCAAAUUCACCACCUUGGAGGGACUCCUCAAAGACAUCAAAGAUCUGAUUGUUUCCAAAAAUCCAUUCACUUGUGGAGACAGCUCCACUUCAGAUCGAACAGAGAAACUGAAACUUUUUGGCGAGAAGAUUGACAAGAUCAUGGCGGGAGAAAUGGACGUGCACGUUGUUCUCGACGACCCUGCAGGGAACAGCUAUCUCCAGAACGUCUAUGCCCCUGACCCAGACCCAGAGAUGACAACUGAGAAGUACACCAGGACAUUUGAGCAGAAUGAAGACCUUGGUCUCAAUGACAUGAAGACAGAGGGCUAUCAGGAGUAAGGACAUCUGCAGCAGCAGGAAGGUUUAUCUUACAAAAACAACGCAUCCCAUAAAUGUAAUUUCAGAUAUUUGCCCUCACUGUAGUUGCUGACUCACAAGGACAUAUGCUCCUGAUGUCUUACAGUUAUGAUAUAUGGUUGAAACGUUUGAAAUAUACCUUAUUUAAAAGGAAACAAUCAAUAUGGUGUUAAUCAUUUGAUUAGAGAAGUAUGUGCAUUUAUAAAUAAGAAAUGCACGAACAUCCAGUUUAUGAAUUAACCAAAUUUAAAUCACUUGUAUGUGUAUUCACAUAUGUAGGUCUGAUUCAGUGGAAUUUCUUAUGUUCUUUUCCAUGGGAAUAAAUGAACUAAGAAUACAGACCCAUGGCUGAUGUAGAUAUUUUGGGGGGAGGCUUCUUUCCUAUGUUCAAUGUAUAGUAUGCAUUAUAUAAACCUGUAGAAUUCAGUACCACAAUCUUCAAUUAUAAUAACACUGCAUAAAUGCCCACAGAUCUUAAAAUAACAAAUUCGAGAUUCGUUUCAAUGCAGUGUCCUUUGUUCAUGUGCGCCCUGAAUGAAAAUUCACGGAUUGUGAAAACAGACUAGACUGACGUUUGUGCACGUGCCCAAUACCACUACAGAACAUUUACUGAAAUAAUCAAAUGUACAUUUGACUGAACUCAAGAUGUUACAUUGUUUAGCACAAAAUGUGUUGAUAAAGUACUACUAAAAACAAA